AUGGAGCUGUCCUCCGUUGGAACCUUCAGACUGGAUGUAUUACGCUCCCUCUGCAUUUUGGCCCUCCUCCACAUUUUAGACGGGAACUUUGCUCAGGCCUGGAUGACGAUCGGGGCAGCAGCCAGACUCCAGAGCUUGCGCCUCCUAUAUGUCGGAAACGAUGACACUCCUGAAGAUAACGACAAUAAUAACUCUAGGUGCUACUGGAGUAUCUUUAUAUUGGAAAAGACCUUUUCCUCAGGCUUCUGUCUUCUGGCGCAUCACACUCGUGUGCCGACAUAUCCGCCAAGCCCAGACGCGCCUCUCGCCUCUCGCCCAGACGCGCUUGAUCAAAGACAUGAGGAUAUUGGCAUCAAUGCAUGUUGCUUGCAAGCACUCAGCAUCUGGGGCGAUAUCAUAUUCUAUCUGGAAGAAAUACGGCGAGGCAAGAUGGAACAGCCUUGGAUGCCUUCCUCCGAGCACAGUCAAUUAACAAUGAAGCUUCAUGAACUUGAGCUCAAUCUGGCACAUCAACAUCUUCUACGUAAGGUCCAGUUCCAGGAUCGACAACCAGCUGAGCUGUGUCAAGAACAAGAGUAUUGGACACCUUGGGUCCUAAUGCAAUUUAUAUCGCACGCCGGACACGCAGCCCUGCACAAUCCAUUUAUCCAACUCGUGGCGUUACGCAAGUCCAAAUCCCUUACACAACCUUUGUCAUUCCUUCAACGAUCCGUUGACCAGUCUCUUUUCCACUCGGCUUGUCGGGCAAUUGGUGGCAGCAACGGCUACCAUACCAUACCAUGGCUGUUUCAGUUUGCCAGGGACGAAUCCAUUUCUAGCAAAGCCAAGGCUGACUACCGGGAGUACCACAAGGCGCUUGGUAGCCUGUCGGAGAAAUGGCCCCGUCUCGCACGCAAGAUCAAGCACCAUAUCCUUCGCUGUCUGCAGUCUUUUACCCACCCUGGAGAUGGCACUACUGUAAAGCUCCCGCCACACUUGGUUUGGGAGCUGCUCUCCGGGGAUGAGGCGUUGCAGAUAAUCACGAGCUAUGUUCAUCCAUCCCAUGGGGACAUCGGAGAAACUUCUUCACAAUCUACCCGUCGAGAGGACGAUCCUACAUCGCCUGUCGAAUGGCUCAACGAUCCGGUAAUGGACCAGUUGCUGUCGGAUUUCGCGUUGCAGGAUUUCUCAUGGCUUCCAUUCUGUUCGCCGGAAGAGGCCCAAACGUCUUAG